AUGACAUGGAAUUCACUAUCUAUAGUUGUUUGUCACUACUUUUCUCUCUCUCUCUCUCUCUCUCUCUCUCUCAUCCUAUCGUAUUCUUCUUCAUCUCUCUACAUCCAUGGAGCUCCAAAAACAGCUCUAAUUAAGAUAUGAUAUCCAUGGCCAUAUCUAACAUCAAUUCCCCAUUCUGCGCCCAUCGUUUUCAAGAAACCAUCACAUUAACGAGGAAGAGAAAUGGAGUGAUGAAAGUGAAAGCCAAGUUGUCAAAGCCAAAUGUGAAGAAAGCAAAUCUUGGUGCAGCAAGGAAGGAGAGGAUAAAGAUUCCCAAUUAUAGUGAUGCUGAAAAUACUAGCAUUUAUCAUAUAAGUCAAUUUUUCAGUCAUCCAUCUGGGAUUGAAGCAAUCUUGAAUUUAAAGGCCUUGCAGAGUUAUCAGUCCCUUGAUUCCAAUUUGUAUAGGUGUGUCCUACCACAGGUUAAGCUUCUAAGUUUUGAGGUGGCGCCAGUUAUAGACUUACAAGUAACUCCAACUGCUCAACAUUGUUUAGUCGAGAUGAUAUCUUGCAAGUUUGAGGGCUCUGAUGUGGCGGAACGUCAGAAUGAGCACUUCUCAGCUUCGAUGCAGAACAAAAUAAAAUGGGAAAGCAUUGGUUCGGAACAAUUUCUGGAUGUUGAUGUGAGAUUAAAUCUUGUCCUUGAGAUAUAUACCCAGCCAUUUGCAAUGUUGCCCCCAUCAACGGUUGAGGGUCCGGGAAAUAUAAUGAUGCAAGCCCUGGUGGAUCAGCUGGUGCCAUUGCUUCUACAGCAACUGCUGCAAGAAUACGAGGAAUGGGUUUCACACCAACGCAAACGCCUUCACUAAUACAAUCACUUACUCUUCACUCUUCACAUGUUAUUGUUAGGCUCCGUUUAAUAGGCUACUUUGUUUAUUUAUCUGAUGUCUACUGUGUGUUUCAUAGUCAAGAUUAUGUGAUGUUGGGCCCCAAGUUGAGCCUCGGCCCACUGUAAAUGCGCAUCUCCAAGCGUUCCUUUAUUGUAGAGGACCCUUCACUCUAUUAUAGAGUUGAAUUGAAAUAUAGAGUUUUUGGAUUUUCAUCUCCAA